GAAAUACGAUGGCCACCGCCUUCCGACCUCGUUGAAAACACACAUAGGGGAGAUUGAAUUUGUGCAAAAUAAAACAUGGCUGCAAUUACGCGGACCCUUUGCGUGAUAUUCAUUGCUUCUUUAAAACCGUGCUUGUCUGAUGAUGGCCAUGAAAUGGAGGAGUUUCUCAAGAGAGAAUAUUCGUUGUCGAAGCCGUAUCAAGGAAUUGGCUCUUCCGGUUCUUCCCACUGGGAGCUGAUGGGUGAUGCCAUGGUGACCACAGACCAGGUGCGCCUCACUCCUGAUCUGCAAAGCAAGCAGGGGGCAGUGUGGAGCCGCAUGCCGUGUCACUUAAAAGACUGGGAGCUCCAGGUGCACUUUAAGAUCCAUGGUCAGGGGAAGAAGAACCUGAAUGGAGACGGUAUGGCAAUUUGGUACACAAAAGAGCGUGUGCAGAAAGGCCCAGUGUUUGGGAAUGAAGACCUCUUCACAGGGUUAGGUGUGUUCAUAGAUACAUACCCUAACGAGGAAAAACAUAUAGAGGCUCAGAAGAAAAGGUACACCCCUCGCACACAGAGGAUCUUCCCGUACGUAUUGGCGAUGGUGGGGAACGGCACGAUCAGCUACGAUCACGAGCGUGACGGCAGACCCACGGAGCUGGGCGGCUGCAACGCCAUGGUGCGCAACCUCAAACACGACACCUUCAUCUUCAUCAGAUACGUACGGCGCAGACUCACGGUCAUGAUCGAUAUCGACGGUCAGCAUGAAUGGAGGGACUGCCUGGAUAUCCCUGGUGUUCGGCUACCUCAGGGCUACUACUUUGGCGCCUCAGCCAUCACCGGAGACCUUUCCGACAACCACGAUCUAAUCUCUUUGAAGCUGUACCAGCUGACAGUACUUCGAAGUAAACUCGAGGAAGAUGACGAAGAAGAGGUCACCGUUCCAAGUGUGGACAAUAUGGAGUUACUUAGGAGCUACCAGGAAGAAGAGGGAAUGAGUAGCAUUGCUAUCUUCUUCACCGUCCUCUUCUCCUUGCUGGGCAUCUUCCUUCUUAUUGUUGUAGUCCUUGUGGUCUACAGCCACUGGAACGAGAGCCGCCGCAAACGCUUCUACUGAGCUCUCGACAGGCUGAAACGUGACGAGAACGUGUGGAUCAGGCUUCGACAGGUUCACAAGCUCCGGAUCGACCCCGAUGUCGGUGCUCACUGAGCAACCAGGUUUGAAAAAAAAAAGAAGGAUGAAAGACUUGACCUCGAGAUUCAAGGGUUUUAAAACACUAAGAAUCAAAGCAUUGUGGGUAAAUGGGAUUCGACCCCAAAACCAUUAGGGCCUUUAUAAGAAAGGUAUUGAAAAAAGGUUUCUUUUGUUUUUAAAUGUAUAUAGAAAACAGCUUAUUAUUCCCAAUAUUUAUGAAACAAUAUACUGAGCAUUUAUAUCUGGUUUUCAAUACUGCAUUACAUGGAAAAGUGAUACUGACAAUACAAUUUGCUAUCCAAUAUGAAAUAUUAAAAAAAGAAUAAAUAAAAGAAAGAAACAUGCAUAUGUUGACCACUAGGGGGUGCAAUAACAGGCAAAAAACUUUAUUCGAAUUUGAACGUGUUUUUAAGGAAAAGUUUUAUCAGUGGGGUUCGUGUACGUUGCGUUCAUUUGUUUACUUAAUUCGCAGUGCAUGGGGCAGGGGGAGGCAGGGUGAGGCAGUGCAUGGGCAGGGUGAGGCAGUGCAUGGGGCAGGGUGAGGCAGUGCAUGGGGCAGGGUGAGGCAGUGCAUGGGGCAGGGUGAGGCAGUGAAUGGGGCAGGGUGAGGUAGUGCAUGGGGCAGGGUGAGGCAGUGCAUGGGGCAGGGUGAGGCAGUGCAUGGGGCAGGGGAAGGUAGUGCAUGGGGCAGUGGGAGGCAGCGCAUGGGGCAGGGGGAGGCAGGGUGAGGCAGUGCAUGGGUCAGGGUUAUUCAAUGAGUGUGUAGAUAUUGUGCAUGGUAUAAAACUGUGAACAUAUAUCUCCCAAUUCCUGUCACUCUUUUGUCGCUUCUGAAAAGAACGUAAUGAUCCAUAGGAACUUCUUGGAAAAAAGCUGGAAUGAAGCCCCUGAUGUGCGGAUAGUUGAUCAGUUAGUUGACAUCCAAUUUGCUCACGAGUUCAACAAACCUAAAUAACUCGAAUCCAAAAAAUAAUAUGGCAGGAACUUUAAAUUUUCAAACAAAAAAGAACAAAAUAUAAAACAUAAAAAAACGUACACGGACCCCAGUGGGAGACUUCAGGAGAUGUUUGUUUGACAAUGAUUUCUUCAAUUGUUUGCUUAAUUUUUAUAGAAAUUCUAAAUACAGGCUGUAACACUACCGUUUCUCAAUUAUGGUACUGACAACAAAGUUUGAAAAUUUUGUUUCGACGACAUGGAAAAUUUGCAUCGUGAUUCGAAUUCACACCGUAGACUAAAACAUGUCGCUGUAAAGUCGCACCCUGGGACGAAAGUAAUAAAGGAAAAAGUGAAAGGACUGACAGGAGGAGAAAGGAAGUGUCGCAUGAACGUGCAGGUUUCAACAGUUUGAUUGGACGGUUCCGAUUCCUAAAACCCUGCCAUUUUAUAACAAACAAAUGUAUUUUUUUCUUUUGUGAUUAUAAGUGCGGGGUGCUGACGUUACAGUGGCAGCGUUUCGCAUGUACUUUAUCUCCUGUGUGUAUGUUGAAUGUUGAGUUUGUGAACUCUGCAUUGCACUGACUCUAUGAAAACCUCAGACACUGAAUGAAACCUACAUUUAUCAUAUAUAUCAAACUGUAUUUUAUGAAAUAAAAACAAAUGAUUUUUUUUUUUUUUCA